AUGGCCCGUAGAAAAGCAAUCUCGCGGAAAUCACACAGACCGCAUCACUCAUCCAAGACCAAGGUCCUGAGACCCGACACCUAUAAGACCGGUAAGAUAACUACCAGCCCGUUUUUGAACUUCGUUCGAGAUGUCAGAAAGAACUCGAAAGGUCUAUCUAUCUGCGAGAUAGGAAGUAAAGCUGGUAAGAUAUGGCGCAACAUGACUGAUGAACAGAAAAAACCCUACUAUCUCCUGGCGAAAAAAGCGAAGCUGCAGAACCCGCACGGUCAUGGAAUGAGAGGUCGACCCCAUAAAGUGGAGAAAAGACAUAACAGCUCCAGAUCAAAGCGGAGAUCUUUCUAA